AUGCCAGGGAAGUAUUUAGACAAUGGUGUUGUUGUUGGUAAUCGUCGUAGUAUCUACUUUACCAGAAAUGAUCUUUCAAAAGUUGUUAAAGUGCUGAACACUUGGAUUCUUCAAUCUGAAGACUUGCUGAACACUGUUCUAUCGGCUCUAACACAUCGAUCAAUCAAUCAGAUUCAGAAGCGUGUUGUCAAACAAGAAAGCAGAGUACGAGCUUCUCCAGAGUACGAUCUGAUCUUUUCUACAAUAAGCCCUCAGCCAGAAAAAGUUAAAUUGGACUACGAUCAAGCAGCGGCUGUUACAAAUUUCUUCGCACCUCUUAUAUCACAACUGUCACCAAUAGCUAAUCACAGACUGAAAUCUCAGUGGCUGUACUUUGUCGAACUGGGCCAACAACCCAAGUUGGAUGAGCCGAAUAAAUAUGUACUAACCCACGAUCAACUACCGCACAUCAUAUCACCUCUGGAAAAGAAGUUGGGGUCUGGCGUAUCCACACAUCCUUGCCUCCAUUUUGUAACUUACACAUCACUGUGUGAGGAGACGCCUCUGUAUCUGAAAGCAAAGAAUGGAUCUUUGGUGAAUGCUGUGUUUUCUCCUCGUUGGGGUGGAAUACAAUUGCUAAAUCCCAGUCAAGAACACUGCGAUGGCUCGAAACCUCUCACGCCACACGUUCCCAAGUUGAUGGCUACAUUUUUGAUCCAAUUGAGAGUGCUGCUUGGAAUCACAGAUCAGUAUGCCUCAAUACCAGGCGCCACCAUUCUUCCAUUGCCUUCAGUAAAACUUCGCGAUUGGGAGUUGGAUGUGCUCUUCAGAUUCAGGACUGUGGAACAGAUGAGCUUGGCCCAAAUGACUCUUCAGUCAUUAUCGCAACUUCUAGAAGAGAUAAGCAACAUAGUGAUAAAUGAAGAGGUUGGUGCUUCAGUUUCUGACGCCGUUUAUCAUGUUGAGCUAGGUCAGAGCGCUCUGCACGAGGGAGAUCUGGAGGCUGCUCUCAGUCAUUCGAAGCAGGCUUACCAAUCCGCUGAGAACGCUUUCACUCAUCCCUCGCUUUUGGCUCUCUUGUACUUCCCCGAUGAUCAGAAGUAUGCUGUUUACAUUCCGCUCUUCAUUCCCAUUAUGAUUCCAGUACUGCUAUCAAUGAAAAGCAUCAAAUUAUGGAAAAGGGUUUUGCGUGGAAAGUCACAAAAGACGGACUAA